CCCGGCUCCGCCCGGUCCCUCCCCGCCUUUUAGACGCUCCAGCGGCUGGAACAUCCCAGUCCAGCUUGGUCCUCCUCGCUCGCCACCCGUGCGCCCAAUCCGCGCAGCCAAGCCCAUUUCUCCCGGUCCGCACCGCCGCCAGCCGGCCCGUCCCCCACCGCAGCCAUGGACGCCAUCAAGAAGAAGAUGCAGAUGCUAAAGCUGGACAAGGAGAAUGCCAUCGACCGCGCUGAGCAGGCCGAGGCCGACAAGAAGCAAGCUGAGGACCGCUGCAAGCAGCUGGAGGAGGAGCAGCAGGGCCUCCAGAAGAAGCUGAAAGGGACAGAAGAUGAGGUGGAAAAAUAUUCAGAAGCAGUGAAGGACGCCCAGGAGAAACUGGAGCUGGCCGAGAAGAAGGCCACCGACGCCGAGGCAGAUGUGGCCUCCCUGAACCGCCGCAUCCAGCUGGUAGAGGAAGAGCUGGACCGGGCGCAGGAGCGUCUGGCCACAGCCCUGCAAAAGCUGGAGGAGGCUGAGAAGGCAGCUGAUGAGAGUGAGAGAGGAAUGAAGGUCAUUGAAAACCGAGCCAUGAAGGAUGAGGAAAAGAUGGAGCUGCAGGAGAUGCAGCUGAAGGAGGCCAAGCACAUCGCUGAGGAUUCAGAUCGCAAAUACGAGGAGGUGGCCAGGAAGCUGGUGAUCCUGGAAGGCGAGCUGGAGCGCUCAGAAGAGAGGGCUGAGGUGGCUGAGAGCCGAGCCAGGCAGCUGGAGGAGGAACUUCGAACCAUGGACCAGGCCCUCAAGUCCCUGAUGGCCUCAGAGGAGGAGUAUUCCACCAAAGAAGAUAAAUAUGAAGAGGAGAUCAAACUGCUGGAGGAGAAGCUAAAGGAGGCUGAGACCCGAGCAGAGUUUGCCGAAAGGUCUGUGGCAAAGUUGGAGAAAACCAUUGAUGACCUGGAAGACGAAGUCUAUGCGCAGAAGAUGAAGUACAAGGCCAUCAGCGAGGAACUGGACAACGCACUCAAUGACAUCACCUCUCUCUAAGCUGCUCACCAAUGUGGCCCCCUCGGCCCCUCUGUCCUCUCCUUUCCGCUCUCUCUCUGAGGAGGGGUCAGGCAGGAGGAGCAAAAACUGCCAGCACUAUACAGCCAGGCUGGGCGUAGCCUAGGAGAGCGCCGGUCACACGUGCUGCCCACCCUGGCACUUGCUUCUUCCUUCCGGCGAUCCACUCCCCCCUCGGCCCACCAGCCUCUACCUCUCUCUGCUGCUUAAUAAACUCAUCUUGGCCUCCA